AUGAAGGUUUGCGAUCUUCAGAUAGGCCGUUGCUAUGGCGCUUUGCUCUUGCUAUUUUAUGUGCUUCUGAUUUCGUGCUUCGCCCGCUGCGAGAGGAAGCUAGUGGAGGUUCACCGGAUCAUUGCAGUUGGCGAUGUUCACGGCGAUGCUGAUAAUUUUCUGAAAAUUCUCCGUAUAGCAAAUCUGAUUGAGGACAGCGUAACAGGGGCAUCAGGGGUGCUCGAUAAUCCACCGCGCUGGAAAUACUCCUCGAGUCGAACAAACGGGACAUCUGUGAGAACGACCCUUGUCCAAGUUGGUGAUUUAAUCGAUCGUGGCGAGCAGGACUUGGAGGCUCUGAAUAUUGCCAUCUCUCUUCAGGAGCAGACGGCGCAGUCCGGCUCGCAAGACGAGGUUGUGCUACUCAUCGGGAAUCACGAGCUUUUGAAUAUUCAAGGACAUUAUCAUUACGUCAACAAACACAACUAUGGUGGCUUUCUGAGCAAAGCACUUCGAGCGGAGGGGAUGAAAGCAACAGGCGCCUUUGGCAAGUACAUUGUGGAUAAUUUUAAGGCUGCGCACAUGGAUGAAGGGGUCUUGUUCAUUCACGCCGGUAUCGAAACGAGUAUGAACAUUAAGGACGUUGAGGCGCUCAACGCAGACGUCCGCGAGGCCUUGCGUCAAGGCAUCUUCCGACAUUCAUUCCUAGGGAGCAGCGGCCCUCUAUGGACGAGGAAAAUGAUUAUAGAAAGCAUGAGUGACGAGUGCUCCGAUGUGAGGGCGGCACUAAAGCAGCUUAACGCAACGCGCAUUGUCGUUGGUCAUACACCACAGGAAUCGGGACACAUUGGGCAGCAUUGUGACGGGCAGGUCCUUGCCAUCGAUGUAGGCAUGAGUCGAUGGAUGUACGACAAGGUUGCAGCACUAGAGCUUGUGUUUUCAAAGUACAUGGACAAAAUUACUGGAACUGGAUCCGCUAGCUUCGUGGUCAGAGAGCUACGUGAGGGUGUUUCGGGGUUUUGCCACACAUGCCUUGAUGAAAGGAGUGGUCUCGAUACAACAGUAGGUGGUGACUCUGAUGAGAACGAUAUUUUCGAUGACUUGUAA